CGUGCUCCACGCGCCGGCAGCUGUCCAAGCAGCGCUGCUAGCGCGCGCCAGACAGCGCAUCUUUCUUGCCUGGACAACUGUGCUUACGAUCAUGACUGCAGCGAGGUGUACAAGUGCUGCGCAUCCAGCUGCGGACCUAUGCCUGGAACCCGUGGGCUUGCGCAACAACAGCCUGUUGCCCACCAUACCAAAGAUCUUGGCCUACAAGCUGCCGCGCAGCCACAAGGUGGAGUUGACUAUUGAGUCCUCGCUGCUGCCGUAUUAUUUUCAUGUCGAGGUGCGCUCACACAUUGGACGUUUGUUUUCGGCACGCAAGCUGGGCAUGUGGCAGCCACAGCGCGUGGAGAAGAUUCUGGAGACGACCAGCAGUCGCAGCAAAUUCAUGGAUAUAUUCUUCAACAUACGUCCAGGUCGCUGGUACCAGGUGCGAGUGGCAGCUGUUAAUGCUUAUGGCUUUCGUGGCUACUCGCAGCCCUCACGUCCAUUCACUUUAGCUACCAAUCCCAAGCCACCUAAAGCGCCCAACGAUCUGAAAGUCAUUGCCAAGCAUUAUGAUGGACGUCGCUAUAUGAGCGUGCGCUUGGUCUGGUGUCCAUCCAAAUCGAAUUUACCCGUGGAGAAAUACAAAAUCAUUUGGUCGCUCUACAUAGGCAAUAAGGAGCCCUUGAGCAAGGAAGCUACCAUCUUUACAGAGAAGGCAUAUGUUAAGGACACGCAUCAAUUCGAGAUUAAUAAACUGCUGGCCAACUCUUCCUACUACAUUCAAGUGCAGGCCAUGUCAAUAAGCGGAGCACGUCGUCUAAAGUCGGACAAGAAGGCGCUGCUAUUCAAUACAACGCUGCAACCUAUGGAGCCGCAAGCGCCACUCGAGUGUGGCACGCAUAGCUACAGGCAUAGACACCAUCAACAUGCCAGCAGCAGCAUCAGCCUGGAGUUGAGUUCCACGCCAACAAUAAACACCAAUGAACUGGCGGGCAGCGUGGAGUUGGCAGUUGGCAGCAGAGCGAACUAUGAAGUACGUUUCCGUUUAAACCGGAAAUUUGGCAUGAUUGUGCAAAUUUUGGGAUUUCAGCCACACAAGGAGAAAGUGUACGAACUGUGCCCCCAAGAAACGAAUUGUGAGCAGCGCGAAUUCAGCGCCAUUCGUGUGAAAAAGGAUUCAUUAGAGUUUAGCAAAUUAAAAUAUAAUACAACUUACAUGCUGAAGGCGUUGCAUCCGGAGCACAAUUCCGUGCUGGCUGACAAUGACCAGGACAACAAUAAGCCAUUUGUAUUUACCACGCCCAAGUGCGAAAGCUUUCGCAAGCGUUUUCCCAAAAUGCAAAUCAAGUGCAGCGAUUGAUGCACUGCACUUGUAACUCACAGAACUUGAGAUUAUAACUUACUAGCUUGUAAAUAAUUGUAUUUACCAACUUGAUUUUUUACAUAUUGUUAACUUUAAGCAU